AUGAGGUUCUCUUGGAUAUUUAUAAUACAUGUGCUGUGUCUGAGGGGCCACCAGUGCGCGCCGACGAAGCAGGAGGAAACGAAUCUCCGGGACAACCUCAAGCAAUUAUCUGAAGUUGGAGAGAAGUAUGUAGAUGAAGAGGUAAAGAAAGCUUUGAUUGGUAUUAAGCAGAUGAAAAUUAUGAUGGAAAGAAAUGAAGAUAAGCACAUAGACCUGAUGAAAACCUUGAAGAAGAGCAGUGAAGAAAAAAAGCAAGCCUUGAGACUCAUGGAUGAAGUAAAGACAAGACUGGAAGAAGAGGAAAGACAAUGCCAAGUAACCUUGAAAAAUCUAUGGGAUGAAUGUGAAUCUUGUUUAGAAAGCACCUGCAUGAGAUAUUAUACAACUUGCAAACAUGGUGUGUCGACCUUUAAGAGAAAGGUUGAAGAUUUUUUGAGGAAAAUACCUCCACUUGUAUUUACUUUCCAUGAGGAUCAAGGAAGAGACAUCCAGUCUAAUGAAAAGCCUGAGAAAGAGGAUACCCAGCUAGUAAAGAUGGAAAAUUUAUUUAGCCAGCUAUUAUCGGACGUGGGCUCAAUAUUUGACAGAAGUUUCAUUUUUUUCAAGCACAUGCAAAAAGAAUUUGACCAGUCUUUUCAGACAUAUUUUAUGUCUGACCUGGACCUGAGUGAGUCCCCCAGUAUGCCAGCUUUACCUGAGGUCACCACCAGAAUUGAAGGCUCCCAGAGAGGCUGGGGCAUGCCUGGCUUCUUACAGAUAGUUUUUGAUUUCAGCAGGACGGUGUUCGAAGGUGUCAGCGAGGUGAUCACCGACGUGCUUGAUGAAUACAGAGAUUAUAGAAGAGAUGUGCCAGAACAAACCAAAGGCAAGUGUUUGAAGCUGAAAAUUGACUGCACUGUCAAUGACAUCAACCCCCUUGGGAUGGCUAAACUACAGCGAAUUACUCAGUUUCCAGUAUAUCCUGACAGAAGUGGCAUGUUUUCAAAAAUUGUGUCAGGGCGCCAGAGACUUCAGUGCGGGGAGCUCCGGGAGAACUCCUCUGGAUGCCCUCAGUUUCAUGAGAGAUGCCAGAAAUGUCAAGACAAUCUUUUGCAUGAUUGCCCAAAUGUUCCCGAGCUGCACAUAAAGUUUGAUGAAGCCUUUAAGCUGGUUAAUCUCUCAGGGGAGCAGUAUGAGCAGAUCCUCCAGGUGGUUCGGCAUCACACAGAGGACACUUCCUACUUGUUGAACAAAAUGAAAGAAAGGUUUGGGUGGGUGUCUGAGUUAUCCAACAUGACCAUCGGACCAGAAAACAUUUUCAACAUAGUUAAGGUGGUACCUGGGGAUCCCUCCAGUAAAGACGAAACUGUGGUAGAUGUGAACAUUCUGACUUCACCUACUUUCACCAUUAAAGUUCCUCCCAACUUAGAUCCCAAGAGUCCCGAGUUCGUUGAAUACAUAGCUGGGAAAGCACUUCAAUUGUAUAAGCAGAAUUUUUAA